AUGGACUGGCCAGAAGGUAGGGAUUUUGGAGCACUGCCUGAGGAGGUAGCUUGUGCCCAAGAGGCACCACCAUAUAAUGAGUUACCAGAAGAUGAAAGGCGUUAUGCUCUAUUUACUGAUGGAUCCUGUCGUGUUGUAGGAAACCAUCGGAAGUGGAAAGCUGCUGUAUGGAGUCCCACACGACAAGUCGUUGAGGCCACUGAAGGAGAAGGUGAGUCAAGUCAGUUCGCAGAAGUGAAAGCCAUUCAGCUAGCCUUAAAGAUUGCUGAACGAGAAAAGUGGCCAGUACUCUAUCUCUAUACUGACUCCUGGAUGGUGGCAAAUGCCCUAUGGGGGUGGCUACAGCAGUGGAAGAAGACCAAUUGGCAGCGCAGGGGUAAACCCAUCUGGGCUGCUGCAUUGUGGCAGGACAUCGCUGCCCGAGUAGAAAACAUGGCUGUGAAGGUACGUCAUGUAGAUGCUCACGUACCCAAAAGCUGUGCCACUGAAGAACAUCAAAACAAUCAACAGGUAGACAAGGCUGCCAAAAUUGAAGUAGCUCAAGUGGACCUGGACUGGGAGCGUAAGGGUGAGCUAUUUGUAGCUUGA